AUGAAGUUUACAAUUUUGCGGUUAAAGAGGAAGCGAAACGAAGAACCUCUUGAUGCACUUGUUGUUCAGCAACUAUUAACUAAUGAUAACAACCGUGGUGGCAAGAAAGCAAGACGGGCUGUUGACAAUAAACCUGAUAAUAUGAUCACCCAGCGGAGUGAUACGCCGCUCUCAUCUUCGGUAUUUAGAUAUGCAGAGACAGUUGAUGAGAAAAGCUUUGAGGAUGCGACGCAAACCACACAAUUGAGAGAGCGAAUAGCCAGGCUAGUAAACAGAAAAGAAGCUCCGCGUUCUCGUGAUUCCGAUACUAGGCGAAUCAAGCAAAUACGUGAACAACAAAUUGCCCAGUUCAAUGACGACACGCGUAGAGAAAGAUAUAGAGUUAUUAACAGGAAUCGGUUCGGGGGAAAGGAAGGAUUAUUUAAUCAGUACGUCCAAUCAAUGCAAGACAGGCCUAUUGAACGUGUGCCAGAAGCUAGCAUUGAAUAUGUGUAUGAUAUAUUUUACAAAGACGAUUCAAAUUUGCUGGCUGAGAAUAAUCGUUGGCAAAAUGUUGCGCCAGCAAUAUGGUCUGACGGUGAAAAUGAAGUGCUUCUAAAUGACGAUUCGAGUGAUUCUCAAUAUUUUACCGAGGACGAAGAUUCGAACGCUGAGGACCAUUAUACUCAUGAUUAUCCGGACGAAGAUGAAGUGUAUUCAGACCAAGCAGAUUCGGACUAUCACGAGGCAGAUUCCUAUGAUAGUCAUGAUGUCGACAGUGACAAUGACUACGAGGAAGAGGAAUAUACGGGGUAG